AGGAGUCGCACGUUCAUAGUAGAUUCUAUGAUGUGACUCCUUGAUCGAGGUAAAGGAUGCCCAUCUCCGGGCGGCCUCGAUGACGCUGAAGGCGUUGUCACACGGAGGUUGGCCGAAGAGUUCGCUACCACCGCCACCACCUGCAGAGGAUCCACCUCCCUUAUCACUUUCAGUUGAAUCUGAAGAAUCCCAAAAACCACAAGACAUGGAUGGUUCACUGCAUCAAUUGAGAAAGGCUUUGGCCCCAUACUGCCGCCAGAUCGUGAACAACAGGUAUUUUCAGUUGGCCAUGUUUCUGGCGUUGCUGAUGGCGCUUUUUCUGCCUGAUCUGUGGGUGAUUUUGAACCAAGCCGACAAUAGCGUCCUGGAUGUCCUCCUCACUCUGGUUGGGGUGCUGUUCGUAUUUGAAGUCUCUGUGCAGUCGAUUGGAAUGCACAAGACCUAUUUGUACUCCUUCUUUUUCUGGAUGGAUGUGCUGGGAGCAGCCUCGCUGUUGCUGGACUUGUCCUACAUCACUCAAUUGGAUCAGGAGGUUGGUGGUGACGAUGUGUCCAACAACGUCAUCAUCAUGCGCGCAGCGCGAAUUGCCAAGCUGGGUGCUCGUGCAGGACGCUUCACGAAGCUCGCAAAGUUGUUGAGGUUCCUGCCAGGCAUGGGCAACGUGGAUGAUGGAGCUGGCACGGCCAAGCUGAUCUCAUCCAAAUUGAUCACAGCCCUGUCAACGCGGACCUCGUGUUUAAUCAUUUUGCUGGUGAUGAUCAUGCCAUUGUUCAACUUAUGGGCCUAUCCAGAAGAAGACUGGUCUCCGAACUCCUUCAUCAACAUCCUGGAGGCUUGCUAUAUGCGAUACCCAGCGCGAUUUCAGCAGCAACUCACAGAAAUCACUGCCUUCUACGAUCAAAAGUCUUAUCAUCCAUGGAGAGUGCGGGCACGUAACAUGCAACAUCCAGUGGAGGUGACCAAUGCGUUGCCCUGGAAUUCUCCGAAUGGUCCACCCACGCGGAUGAGCAACAACGUGGUCUUUACAAGCGACCAUUUGAUCGUGGAGUUCAACUUCAUGUCACCCAACCAACUGGAUGCAUGGAUGAAUAUUAUUUUGCUGCUCAUUGUCAUGAUUUUGAUGAUUGCAUUUUCUUUGAUCCUGUCGCAGUCGGUGUCGAGCAUCGUCCUGAAGCCCUUGGAGCAACUUUUGACCCAGGUUCGGCAGAUGGCCUCGACCAUUUUCCAGUCUGUGACAGACAUGGAGGUGGUGAUGAAGGAAGAGGCGAAGGACGAUCGUUCGGAGGAGAGUGUCGAAGACGCUAAGAAGUUUGGCAAUGAAACGCAGCUGCUCGCCAAAGUCGUGCAGAAACUUGCGGUGAUCAGUGAGAUCACUAUGAACAAGCCUGUCCUGGAUGCACAGACGCUCCAGAACUUAGCCGAAGGUGAUCGUGCUGUGAUCUCUGGCUUCCAGGGCACCAUACAGGACACCGAAUUUGCGGAUAGAGGAGAUGUGGAAAAUGGCUUGGACAUGGAGGCGAUCGAAUUGGCUCAGCGCGCCAUGGUGGAAAACGCCGGGCUUUCCAUGGAAUUAAUCGACUCCUGGAACUUGAACCCUUUGGAGUUGGACAAAGCCAGGAACCACGUGGCGGCCAUGUAUUUCUGCAGUUCCCACAACCAUGGUGUCGAGUUUGAUUCGGUGGUCAUGGGCAACUUUCUGAGCGAUGCAGAGAGUGGUUAUGUGAAAUCGGCCCCGUACCACAACUGGUUCCAUGCCGUGGACACAACACAUGGGGUCUACCGGAUGCUGCAGCUCUGUGCGGCAGAUGCAUACCUCACCCGGGAAGAGAGGUAUGCCGUGCUGGUCAGUGCUGUGUGUCAUGACAUAGGCCAUCCAGGUCUGAACAAUGGAUUUCUCGUUGAGACAUCACAUGAACUGGCACUUCGGUACAACGACAAAUCACCAUUGGAAAAUAUGCAUUGCUCCAAAAUGUUUGAGCUGGUAGGCCAAGCGAGAUGUAACAUUUUCUCGACAUUGUCAAAGACACAAUACCACGAAGUGCGGAAGGUCUGUGUUGAAGCGAUCCUUCACACGGACAACGCCCAGCAUUUUUCCAUGAUCAAGGAUGUGCAAAUGCUGUACGAGGUGAAUUCGGACCUUUGGGAUGCGUCCAGAAACCUAUUCCUUCAAGAGGAUGAGCCAUGUUUGGCACAAGAGGCGAUUGAGUGCUUGCGUCUCCCUGACAAUCGGAAGUUGGUGUUGAACCUGACCCUUCACACCUCAGACAUUUCGAAUUCCAUGAAGCCGUUCCGUAUCAGCCGUAUCUGGGCGUGGCAAGUUCUGGAAGAAUUCUUUGUCCAAGGAGAUGCGGAAGCACGACUGGGAGUGCCCGUGCAAGCCCUAAACGAUCGCAACACGGUGAAUCGGCCUUUCUCCCAGGUCGGUUUCAUCGAGUUCUUGGUCUCCCCACUGAUUUUUGCGGCGAUGAAAAUCCUGCCUGCGACUGAGCACCUUGCCGUGCAGAUGCUCAUGAACGCCAGGUCGUGGCAGAAGCAGUGGGAAGCCGAGGGGAAGGUCCCACCGUCAGACAGCGACAAGAAACUUUUGAACGAGCGCAUCAUCAAGAUGGAGAACAAGUUCCGAACCUCUCAAGCUGGCAAGAAUCCACCGGAAAAGCUGGAGCGCAACUAGAACCCAGAGAAAAUGCCUCCGCGUGUUUCUGAAGGUGCUCAACUGAUCUCAAUUGGAUUACCGUGGCAAGUGAUCUAAG